GAGAGGAGGGGGAGCCACGAGAGCGAGGAGCAGCAGAACAGGCACACAGAGAGCAGCAGACACAGACAGCAGCGACGACAGAAUGGCAUGAUAUUGGUGGGCUCACGAGAGAUGGGGCGACUGGACUGCGAACGACUGGAGUCAGUGGGGAUGGGAUCACUCGGGCGGCUGGCGCAGACAGUCCACCUCGUCCCCCCAGAACAGGGACUACGGGCCUCCACCACAGUGGCUGGGUUUCGAGAGUGUAGAGUUGUAUCGACCAAAUGUUCACUCCUGGGCUGCUCGCACCGGCUACAAACCCGAACAGAGAGCCGACAAGAUACCCGAGACGAUGCCAGUGGAUAUUCAGCUCAAGUUUACAGCUUUCAGGAGGCAGCUAGACCAGGAUGACGGCUUCCAGCGAUUCGUCGAGCAUUUCGGGAUCCUCAGCGGCGAGAGACCAGGGGACAAGGAGAGAGAAGCCGAGGGGGCCUCUCUCUUCGACAACGCGCUGCGUCGUGGAGAAUCUAUCACGGACUACGUUCUCAGGCGGGACGCCAAGAUAGGCCUUGCCGAGGUCUACGGACUACAGCUUGCGGACUCCGUGCUUGCGAGACUGCUUGAGGAGGGGGCUAACUUGAGUCCCCAGAACAGAAUUGAUAUGUGCACACUGGCUGGGGGUAAGCUAGACCACAGAUCGAUCCGGGAAACACUUCUGAAGUUGGACAUUCGGGAGAAAGGGGUGUUGUCGACUUCUCAGGCGAUGAGCGUCGAGACUUUCGUGACGGAAGAAGUCUUCGAGGGCUCGUCUUCCGCCUCUGCCGGUCCUGUCGACGUGAGUUCGCGCUUCGCCGAGCCCCCUGAUGACGCGUUCGAGCUGCCGGAAGAAGGAGCCGAGGCAUUCUUGUCCGCGUUAGAGGAGCAGGAGUUGCUGGGGAACGAGGGAAGGACAAGAGACGCACACGGGCGGAGGCACGGAAGAUGAAAGCAGAAUUCUCGUAUUGAACGGGACUUCUUCGACAAAAGGCGAGCUAACUGGUCAGGGUCCAAACGAAUCACUUCUGGGGACCUGAUACGCCGAUCGAGAUGUACGAAUUGUGAGGAUAAGGGAAAUUGGGCCGAGAAUUGCAGAAGACAGCACCGUUCCCGGGAAUAUGGGCUGGCUUCAGAAAAGAAGACGACACCGGCCUCCUGUUUCUUACUUCUUCGGGGAUGAAGAUACGACGAACGAGAACGACGGCGGCGCAUUUCAUUUUCUCGAGUUCGAGGGUUGGCAGCAUCUGCGUUGGAACGUCCUGAGGCCGCAGCGGCUCUGAGCGAUUUCCUCCUCAUCUCCCCCUCCUCUAGACAGUUGCGCGCCGAUGAACCUCCGCAGGGCGGCCCAGCCGCCGCUGCUCUGCGGGCCCUCAGUGUCUUUGCUUUGUACAGCACGCAUAACGUGGUGCGGCACGGCAGCGAUGGGGAGCGGUGUGCUGAGCUCUUCCGCGGUUUUCUGCGUGAAGGUGCACGGGGUCAUGGGCCUGCGGCCGCCUUAUUGUCUGCGGUGCACAAGCGCCGGCAACGCGGGUAGCAACUUAUUCCUGUCCUCCUCGCGUAGUUUUUCGUCUGUGCAUCCUCCUCCUCCUAGAGUUUCGCGCCGCGUGGGCGGCUUGUGAUUUGUUAUGAUAGCUAGGGCACCUGUUGCUAUCCCCUCCCCAGGUCUUUCCGGGCGAGACCCUCCUCGCGUGCCGUCGCCAGGGUGCGCGGCUUAGCGUGGCGGAUUUGGCGGGCACUCGUAGUGUUCCUCCUCCUCCUCCUCCUCCUCCUCCUCCUCCUCCUCCUCCUUUCGUAUUUGCGGGCCGUAAUUCGUGACAUUUUCGUUGCGUGUUGCCGCCUUCGCAGGCCGUUUCUUCAGUUUUGGGUGUACCGGCCUAUCCUCGAUGUGAGGCCCGUCCCCAGCGUCCGUAGCCCGAAUUUCGGCCACGAUCGCAGGACAACCCUGCGGGGGCUUGAUGUGUCGUCGUCACGUUUGGCGUCCCCGGGAGCGUGCUGCACGGCCGUGCACGUUCGCGAACAACUGCCCUAAUUUCCGCCCCUCUUUUCCUCCUCCUUUCUCCUCCUCCUCCGUGGCCGGCGUCCUGCCGCGGCCACUUAGCUAGCAACCCAGUUUCGCUGAUCGUAUCCUCUGGCCUGCGGCCGGCGCAGGGGGAGGGGGAAAUACUUUUCUUGUAGCGUGAGCAGGCUCCCUUUCAGGCCACGGUUCACUUCAUGAGUUUGCCUGUCGCAGGUCGGCUCUUGGGGUGUUUUUGGUUUGCCUGGCGAGUCUUUCAAUCACAUGGCGGCUGAGGUUGUGCAAGUGAUAUACAAGUCAUUUGCUUGAGG